AUAAAACAAAUACGCCCAUUUCAAAAAAAAAAUAUUAAUAAAUAAAAAAUAAAAAUAAAAAACCCAAUCCGCCCAUUUCAAAAAAAAAAAAAAACCCAAUACGCCCGUCUAUGAAAGAAUGAUCCUCUCUUCCGAUUACUCGUCUGAGUUGCACCAUUUAUAAUGCCCCUGACUGAGUUGCAAUUCUGAGAAAUCGAUCCCCUCUUUCGAUUGCGCCGUCUGAGUAGUUCCCCUCGUUCAUCUAUAUAUCGCUUCGCAGCUCAGCACACGACACGAACAUUUCAAAACACGCUUUUCCCGCUUUACUGCCACUCCAUGGAGACAUCCAAGAUGGAGGCUCUCUACUCUAAGCUUUACGAUAAGUACAAUAAAAUCAAGACAAAAAAAUUCACGGAACUGGAUGAGCUCAAUAGAGAUCAAGAAGUAAAAUUUGUGAAUUAUGUAUCUGCUACAGAGGAGUUAGUUGAACACUUGAAAAAGGAAAACGAGAGAUUGCAAUCUCAAGUUGAUGAACUGAGAAGUGAAGUUGCUUCUGUUAGGGUUUCCAAGGAUGAACAAUGUGCUGAGUAUCAGAAACUCUGGAUGGAAGAGAGCCAGAAGAAUAAAGCGCUUUCUGAAGAAAUUGUGAGGCUGCAAAAGCUGCAACAUGAGAAUACAUUUGGCAGUAAAGAGUACAGAAAUCACAGGCAACUGAGUACACCAGGAAGCACUCAAAUUACAUCAAGAGAAUUAUAUGACAGCUCAAACAGAAGAGUGACAAGGAGUAGUAAACGCAGGAGGUGUUCUGUUAAUGAAACAGGAGAGGCUGCUCCUCAUGCUAGUGGUCAAGCUGAUGCUAUGCAAAAGGAAUCAAUAAAGGACUUGCAUACAGAAACUUUGUCUUUUAAGGCUGUUGAGAAUGUUCAGGGAGCUUAUCUGCCAGAAUGUUGUAGAAGACUUACUGACAAAUCAGGUGGUGAUGUAAACGUUGAAGAUGUUUCUAGUUGUCUGUUUCAAGCCCUUGUUGAGUAUUUGGUGGGCAUGAAGUUCUCUGUUAAUAAAAGUGAAGGAAUAUCCAUAUCAGCAGAGCACCAAUCAAGUGGUUACUCGUUUAGCUUGACAUGGGUCAAGAAGGCAGAUGGAAAUGAAGAAGAAUUGCUAUACAAUGUCUUAUCUUUGGGGACAUUUGAGAGAGUAGCCCCACAGUGGAUGAAGGAGGUCAUUAUGUUCAGUACAAGCAUGUGCCCGAUCUUCUUUGAGAGGGUAUCUCGUGUUGUGAAGUCGUUUUCUUAGCUGCUUAUUAUUGUUAUUAUUACCAUUUCUAUUAUUAAUACUUUCAUCCUUAAUACCUGAGGUAUAUAUUGUUUGUUGCUGAGGAUGUGAAUGUGAUUAAUCUUUUCAAAUGAAUAUCUGUCAAUCUAAAUUUGUGAUACUUCUAGUACUUGAUGAGAGUAGAAACCACUGUACCAAUGAAAGAAAAAAGAAAAGCGGUGAGCUAUUUAUUCA